AGGAGGGCCCGGAAGAGAACGGAAGGCGGCGCCGCCUCCAACGUCUUCUCCAUGUUCGAUCAGUCCCAGAUCCAGGAGUUUAAAGAGGCUUUCACCAUCAUGGACCAGAACCGAGACGGCUUCAUCGACAAAGAGGACCUGAGGGACACCUUUGCCGCGCUGGGCCGCAUCAAUGUCAAGAACGAGGAACUAGAUGCCAUGGUGAAAGAGGCGCCAGGCCCCAUCAACUUCACCAUCUUCCUGACCAUGUUUGGGGAGAAGUUGAAGGGCACGGACCCGGAGGAGACCAUUCUGCACGCCUUCAAGGUGUUCGACACUGAAGGAAAGGGCUUCAUCAAGGCCGACUUCAUCAAAGAGAAGCUCAUGACCCAGGCCGACCGAUUCAGCGAGGAGGAGGUCAAGCAGAUGUUCGCGGCGUUCCCGCCAGAUGUGUGCGGCAACCUGGACUACCGGAACCUGUGCUACGUCAUCACGCACGGCGAGGAGAAGGACUAG